AUGAAGCGGCUUGCAUCUUCGUUCACGGGACCUCAAAGCCCGAAACGGGCACGAAUAGGAUCGCUAGCCAGCGAUGAUAGCGGCGAGACCCCAAGAGCCAACUGGCCCGCCAAAAAGGAGGAGAUCGAAGCGGCGAGACGCUUUAUCCUUGAGUGGUCUGAUCCCAAACCGCACUCGGAACUGUUUGCGCGUCUGCUGAUACUUAGUAGUGCUACCGCAAAAACCAGAACACUCAUCGUUCCUGACAAGGACGCGGAUGGACUCGCAUCUGGCUCAAUACUUCAACAGACUCUCGUUCUUCUUGGCCUGCCCUCAAGUCUUAUCAUCACUCACCUCAUCCAAAGAGGGAACAACAUUCACGACCCUUCGGAGCGGACGGCCAUGACAAAGUUGUCUCCAUCCUACGUCUUCGUCCUGGACCAAGGCUCCCGGCGCUCCUUGCCUGUUGUCGAUAUCCCGAACCACAGAGCCCUCAUCAUCGACCAUCACCAGGCUGCCGAGGAUGAGUUCCCGUCUGGUUCUCAGCAUGUCACUGCCUGCAAUUCCCCCCCUAUAGCCACAUCUGCCCUACUGACCUACCUCAUAUGCCAUCCUCUUCACCCUGCCAUCGAAGAGCAGUGCGCGUGGCUGGCUGUUCUUGGCACGCACGGCGAUUUGGGCACAAACUUCAAGUGGCAACCGCCCUUUCCCGAUAUGGGUCACGUUCUGAAGCGGUACACGCGCAAAAGGCUCAAUGACACCGUCUCUCUUAUCAACGCACCGCACAGCAGCAUUUAA